AGAAACACAAUUCUAGAGGCAACCUUUAGCUCUGGGUGGAACAUGGAUGCUUCUAGGGAGGUGACCUGAGCAAAAAGGGGAGACGAUGCACCCUGGAAUGGAAUCGGUCUUCCUGGACUGCCUCUUUCUCUAGGCAGGCCGUGGCUUUUCAUUGGCAGCCAUCAGGCACUGCAGCUCCUUUCCUUUCCUGGAGCUUUGCUUGCCUCCCCUCUUUUACUGGCUGGAGUUCCACUAGAUGCACAUAAAAUGGGAAGGGGGAGUGCAUGGAGAUUAUUUUGGGGUGUGUAAUAGAAACCUGGCUGAGAUCUUCCUAUGUUGCAUUUUAUCGUCUUUAUUGUAUGGCAAGCAUGGUGCAGGAAUGCGUAGAGGAGAAGGGUGGAAUUGUGGGGUCCUGUGUGGAUCUUUGAGCUGGGUGGUUUUCUUGCAGACGUUUUGUGACCCAUCUAGGUAGCGUCAUCAGUGCUAGAAGGGAAUGUGAGGUUGGCAGAGAGGAGGAGAAGGACUAUGGGGUCCUGGGUGUUUGCUUGCAGAUGUUUCACCACCCACCUAGGUAAUAUCAUCACCAAGAAGGUCGCAGUUGUAUGGAUCAGGCUGCGGUCAUGGGAAGCAGUAAAUAAUAAUUUAUUUUUAGGUUUGUCGUUUGUUAUGUGAGCCCAGCAAUUAUAUUGGAUUAAGCUGGGCUGGACAUGGUGUGUGAAUCCAAGCCAGAGGGCAAGUUUUGUAAAUUAAGUUUCUUAUCCUGUCUAAGGCUCGCUUAGCAGUUGAUGCAGAAAAUAAAGAGGGCUCGGCUGGAAAACGAAAGCACAGGAAGUUGGGGAAGUUCCUUGACCAGUUCCGGAGGGAGGCGGAAGAUGACAGCGGUGGACACUCUGCCUGACAGUGCCGAGGCAGUCGAGAUGGAGGACGCCUCCACAUCCCAGUUCCAGGUGGAGAAACACUCGUGGGAGGGGUUGCGUGACAUCAUUCACGGCAGCCGGAAGUACACGGGAAUGAUCGUGAAUAAGGCCCCCCACGACUUCCAGUUUGUCCGUAAAACAGAAGAGUCAAGCCCUCAUUCCCAUCGGCUGUAUUACCUAGGAAUGCCGUACGGAAGCCGGGAAAAUUCUCUCCUGUACUCGGAGAUUCCCAAAAAGGUACGGAAGGAAGCCCUCCUGCUGUUGUCGUGGAAGCAAAUGCUGGAUCAUUUCCAGGCGACCCCGCACCACGGGAUGUACUCCAGAGAGGAGGAGCUGCUGAGGGAGCGCAAGCGGCUGGGCGUCUUCGGGAUCACCUCCUACGACUUCCACCGAGAGAGCGGCCUCUUCCUCUUCCAGGCUAGCAACAGCCUCUUCUACUGUCAGGAUGGAGGCAAAAAUGGCUUUAUGGUCUCUCCUAUGAAGCCGCUGGAAAUCCAGACGCAAUGCUCCGGCCCCAGGAUGGACCCCAAAAUCUGCUCAGCGGACCCUUCCUUCUUCUCAUUCAUCAACAGCAACGACCUAUGGGUGGCCAACAUUGAGACGGGGGAAGAACGGCGCCUGACUUUCUGCCAGAAAGGUUUAUCCAGUGUGCUCGAUGACCCCAAGUCAGCCGGUGUGGCCACUUUUGUCAUCCAAGAAGAAUUUGAUCGGUUCACAGGGUACUGGUGGUGUCCAACAUCUUGUCAGGAAGGACCCGAAGGCUGGAAGACCUUGCGAAUUCUCUAUGAGGAAGUGGAUGAGUCUGAGGUGGAGGUGAUUCACGUCCCUUCCCCAGCCCUUGAAGAACGGAAAACAGACACAUACCGGUAUCCCAGAACAGGUAGCAAAAAUCCCAAGAUCUCACUAAAACUGGCAGAGUUUCAAACCGACAGCCAAGGAAAGAUCAUGCAUGCCCGCGACAUGGAGCUGGUGCACCCCUUUGCUACCAUGUUCCCCAACGUGGAGUACAUUGCGCGAGCUGGUUGGACCCGAGAUGGCAAAUACGCAUGGGCCAUGUUCCUAGACAGACCUCAGCAGCAGCUCCAGCUGGUCCUCUUCCCUCCCGCCCUCUUCAUCCCGGUCCCGGAAAACGAGGAACAGCGCCUGGAAUUUGCCAAAGCCGUGCCCGAGAACACCCAUCCCUUCAUUGUCUACGAAGAAGUCACCAACGUUUGGAUCAACGUCCACGACAUCUUCUACCCCUUCGCCCAGUCCGAGGGGGAAGAGGAGGAGCUGACUUUCCUCCGAGCGAACGAGUGCCAGACGGGCUUCUGCCACCUGUACAGAGUCACAGCCAUCCUGCAGCGCAAGACGUACGACUGGACUCAGCCAUACCUGCCUAGCAAAGGUGACUUCAAAUGCCCUCUGAAGGAAGAAGCGGCCCUCACGAGUGGAGAAUGGGAAGUUUUGGCCCGGCAUGGAUACAAGAUUUGGGUCAAUGAAGAAACGAAGCUGGUGUAUUUCCAGGGCACGAAGGAUACCCCAUUGGAACACCAUCUCUACGUGGUCAGCUACGAAUCUCCUGGCGAGGUCGUGCGGCUCACCACUCUGGGCUUUUCCCACAGCUGCUCCAUGAGUCAGAACUUCGAUAUGUUCAUCAGUCACUACAGUAGCGUCAGGACCCCUCCCUGUGUGCACGUUUACAAGCUCAGCGGCUCCGACGAAGACCCCCUCCACAAGCAGCCAAAGUUUUGGGCCAGCAUGAUGGAAGCUGCCAGCUGUCCUGCUGAUUACGUCCCCCCCGAGAUCUGUCAUUUCCGCACGCAGUCCGACGUCGAACUCUACGGGAUGGUGUACAAGCCGCACGACCUCCAGCCUGGGAAGAAGCAUCCUACGGUGCUCUUUGUCUACGGGGGGCCUCAGGUCCAACUAGUGAAUAAUUCCUUCAAAGGGAUCAAGUACCUGCGGCUGAACACGCUGGCGUCCCUCGGCUACGCCGUGGUGGUGAUAGACGGGCGAGGCUCAUGCCAGAGAGGCCUUAAGUUUGAGGGAGCUCUUAAGAACCAAAUGGGCCAGGUGGAGAUCGAGGACCAGGUUGAAGGUUUACAUUACGUCGCGGAGAAAUACGGGUUCAUCGACCUCAGCCGCGUUGCCAUCCACGGCUGGUCGUACGGAGGUUUCCUUUCCCUUGUGGGGCUGAUUUACAAGCCCCAUGUUUUCAAGGUCGCCAUAGCAGGAGCCCCCGUCACCGUCUGGAUGGCUUACGAUACCGGGUACACGGAGCGGUACAUGGAUGUCCCGGAGAACAACCAGCAAGGCUACGAAGCAGGCUCGGUGGCCCUGCAUGUCGAGAAACUCCCUAAUGAGCCCAACCGCUUGCUGAUUCUCCACGGGUUUCUGGAUGAAAACGUGCACUUUUUCCAUACCAGUUUCUUGAUCUCCCAACUAAUCCGGGCUGGGAAACCGUAUCAGCUACAGAUCUAUCCCAACGAGCGACACAGUAUUCGUUGCCCUGAGUCUGGCGAGCACUACGAAAUCACGCUGCUGCACUUUCUUCAAGAAUACCUCUGAGAGGGCGGACGGGCCCUCCCUCCUCCUGCUCUCCCCCCCCCUCCCCUCGCCGUGGACGCCAACACGGUUCCUCUCUCUGCUCCUGCUGCUUCUCUUCAGCCACGGGGCAGCCUUCGAACGCAGAGCACAAAACCCGCCUCGGGGGGGGGUGAUGGUGGCGGCACGUCUCUCCUUGCGCUGGGCUCCGGGGAGGCUCUCCUGCUUUCCAGAUGGCGCAGCUCUAACGUGUUUUUUUUUCCCCAGCCUCCCUUAUGGCUUUUUCUUAGUCUGUCCCCCCCCAAGUCCCCCCCCCAAGUAUUUGCUGCUACUUUCUUUGUGCUGGAAAUAAAAGACGGGCAGUUCCCCCCCCCCAUCCCACCUUGCCCCUCGGACUGUCUGCCUGUCUCUCUCUCUCUUACUCGCUAGAGUUCUCUGUGUGUGUCUCCACCAGCCUCCCCCCCCCCUACUCCCACUUUCCACCUUGUUGCUGGCUUGGCUCCCCCCCCCCUUCGGAUGCAGGAGAUCCUUUUCCUGACUUUUUAGGUGGGCUCGGCGGGCAAGGGGAGAGGAAAGGACGAGGGGGGAAAGAAAGAGGAAAAUUGACUGGAAGAGGAACUGGGGGGGGGUUGUCAGGGGUCUCUAUUUAUAAGCAUGUGGUGCUGCUGUCUCUUGGAUCCCCCCCCCCGCCCCAUCCUUUCCCACCCCCACCCCUCCAGCAUGUUUGAAAGCUAUCCGGAAACCAGGCAUAACGGUGGCUGAGUUUGGUUUGGUUUUUUUUUUUUUUUUUCCUUUUUCUUUAGCAAAAUUAGCUUUUCUUUAGCCUUGUGAGUUUUAUUUAUGGAAGAAUCUUUUUUUUUUUUUCCUUCUUUCUGGUUGUGUCCUAAUCUCUCUCCUUGUCCCGUCUCCUCGUCCUGCCACUGAGGGAGGGGGUCCCUGUUAAAAUAGGCAUUGCUUCAGUUCUCUGCCGGUCAGCGACUGUAUUUUUUUUUUGGUCUCCCCCCCCCACCUCCCAACCUUCCCGCGGAUGUCGCUUGUCCGUUCGCUUUGCGGUCGCCCUCUGCCCUACGUCUCCCCAAUGUACCCACUCAGCGUCAACAGCAGUCCGGGGAGAGAUCCGGGGGUCUCCACUUGGCGUUUGCCCCUCUGGAGAAACUCCUGCCCCCCACCCACCCACCCCGGCCCGACCGUCCGUUCCUGCUUCCCCCUGGGUGGGGCGAAACGGAAAGCGAGAAGGAAACGUUCGGCCUGGCCACGGAAGAAGAAGAAGAAAAAAAAAAAGUCUGAACCACACAACCACACGCAAAAACAACAACUCUCCUCCCUCCCCAUCCCCCAGUCUCUUUAAGUGCGUAUUAUGAAAAGAAAAUAUUUUUAUGGAUUCUUAUUCUUUUAUAAUUAUGAGUGGUAAGAUGUAGUGACUCAUUAAACUAUUGGAACGAGGCAAUACGGUU